AGCGCGGGAAAAGUAGUGUCAUGGCGCGGUGCUGAAUGUUACUUUGUUACGGUUUCUGUCUGUUCCGCAAUCUCGGCUGGAAAGUCACCAUCGUUUCCCUUUAGACCAGAGCCGUUGAUCGUCUCGCGAGGGACGAACUGAAGAGCAAAGGCUGGCAGGAGGAGGUGGGGGAAGAUAGAGAGGAUGGACAGUUUCCAGAAAGUCGAGAAGAUCGGAGAAGGGACGUAUGGUGUGGUAUAUAAAGCCAAAAACAAAGACACUGGUGAAGUGGUGGCCCUGAAGAAAAUUCGACUAGACACGGAAACUGAGGGGGUGCCAAGCACGGCCAUACGAGAAAUCUCCCUUCUGAAGGAACUCAGCCAUCCCAACAUUGUUGAGUUACUUGAUGUCAUUCACACGGAGAAUAAACUGUAUCUGGUCUUUGAGUUCCUGCACCAGGAUCUGAAGAAAUUCAUGGACAUCUCCUCUGUCAAUGGGAUCUCAUUGCCACUCGUCAAGAGCUAUCUAUUCCAGCUGCUGCAAGGACUUGCAUUCUGCCAUUCUCAUCGGGUACUUCACCGUGACCUGAAACCGCAGAACCUCCUGAUCAAUGCAGAGGGUGCAAUUAAACUAGCUGACUUUGGACUUGCAAGAGCUUUCGGCGUGCCUGUUCGCACAUACACCCAUGAGGUUGUCACAUUGUGGUAUCGAGCCCCUGAGAUCCUCUUGGGAUGUAAAUAUUACUCCACUGCAGUUGAUAUCUGGAGUCUUGGCUGCAUCUUCGCAGAAAUGGUAACGGAUUCUAAAAUCACUAGGAGAGCCCUAUUUCCUGGAGACUCUGAGAUUGAUCAGCUGUUUCGCAUUUUCCGAACACUUGGAACACCAGAUGAAUCGGUCUGGCCAGGAGUAACCUCCAUGCCUGAUUACAAGCCCACAUUCCCAAGGUGGAUUCAGCAGGAUCUUGGUAAAGUGGUACCCCCGCUCGAUGAGGUUGGCAGAGACCUGUUAGCGCAAAUGCUUCAGUAUGAUCCAAGCAAGCGGAUCUCAGCAAAGAGUGCCCUGUCUCACCCUUUCUUCCAAGAUGUGACCACACCCAUCCCUCAACUUCGAACUUAAAAUCCAGCUGAUCUGGAAAUCCUGAAAUGUCAUUUGGAAGGAACUGAUGAGGCAGUGUCUGUUCAUAUUGUCAUCCAGUCUUUAUUCCCAGAAGUACCAAAGAUCCAUGUAUUGGUAAUUCACAUCUCCAGCAGAGCUUUUUAUUUAACAAGUUCCAUAUGAUUUUUGCAAACAUUUAAAAUUUAACUUUCUUAUCAAAGUAUUUUUCAUAAUCCUUGGAAAAAUGGGUGAUCUCCAGUUGGCUUUUCUCGUGAGACCAUCCUUCCAAUUUAUCAUGUCAACAUAUUGGCUACACAAAGAGUCACAAUGACUACAUUUGUGCUUUAUUUUUAAUUCCUACAGUAAGCUCUGAUUGUCAUCACUCAUCCAGAACAGCAUUAACGAAGCCCUGGUGAGAUUCUUUCAUCUGAAAGAAAAUUACAUUUGCAUUAAAAGGUCCCAGUGACUCAGAUGCAAACCUCCAACUCUGAGCCAUAUAAACCAGAAGGUCCUAGUUUUAUUCACAGUACCGACUGAUUUCAUCCAAGGUUAAGAUAGAGGUGACUGGGUUAGGCCCUCUUUCCCCCCCCCCCCGAAUUCCUGUAUAGUGAACCUUGUUGGCAGUAUGGAUAGGUGAUGACGUAGAUGUGACACUACCUGCAGUUGGAUGGUCAGGUAGCACUUAUUGUCCAGUCUGGCAUGUGAAAAAUGGCCUUUUAGGCAAGGUAGCAGAAAUGCCCUGAUUGAGUUCAAAGUGAGAGUUGAUUUUGGACAGCAGAAGAGAAAAUUUUAAAAGUAUGGGAUAAAUUGCUCUGCGUCCAUUCUAAUGUUGAGUUAUGAAGGACUCUGGUGCUGGAUUAGUGAAUCUCAGCCAGUGAGGACUGUCCAUUCACCAGUGACACUCUGGUAGGAAGGGAGAAAGACGAAUUGAGUCUUUGUUCUUAGUUAGUAUCCAGCAGUCUGUUUCAGAAUAUGUGUUUUUGCAGAUUUCUGGUGAACACAGGGUGAAGCAUGGGUUGGAAGGGAGUUGGGGAGAAACUGGUCAAAAGGGAAAUAAAGAUUAUUAGAGAAAGAGUCAAUUAUACUUUGUUGUAACAGUAUAAUUAGAUUAAUUGAGCAUUUUGCUGAAUAGGUUUAUUUUCUAGUUGCAGUAGGUAGAUUCUUGUGGCUUUUCGGAAAGUCACUUCAGGUGAAUGCAUGAUAAUGAAGUCAGCCGACAAACUCAGUGUUGAGAUUUUUUUGUCUCUUCUCAUAAGAAGCAGUCAUGCACUUGGAUGCUGAUGGUUACGAGAUAGCCUGUGCUGUACUAUAGAUCUUGACAUCAAUCCAACCCAUCUGAUCCUGUUAUUCUUGGUCACAACUGCAGUUGACAUAGUGGCACGAUUCUAAGACAUAAAUAUGGAUCUACUAGUAUUGAACAAUACUGGAAGAAAAGCACCAAAAAACAAGGAGGAGAUUGAGCUGUACAAAAGAAAAUGCACAAGCUAAUGCUUAGAAACUGAAAUUGUAUGGAAUCUUUUGGAGCAAGUAAUUUUUAAAUUGAGGUUGCCUCCAUCUCAUUUGAGUCCACAAUUCCCCAAAAUUUGAGUUAGAACUGUGCAGGUUAGGAUUAGUGGAUACUGUCACUUUAAGACAAUAUAGCAAUGCGCAUUUUUGAACAAUUUCUUUGUUUUAAUCUGUUAUGCAUAAUUCUAAAUUUGAAUCUGCGAAGGGAUUAUUUUUACGAUGUUUUGAGAAUGGAUAUAAGUAUUGUUACCUACAUAAGCUCAUCUGAACUCUUAUUGGGGUUUAACCAGUGCUUGUCCUAUCUGAAUGCAAUACAACCAUCCUGAUACUCUGGGCUUGGAUUGUGGCCAACUUACUCUGCAUUAGUAGAAGGUUAAGUACUGUGAGAUUACCUGGCCAGCAGGAUCAGCAUUUCUUGCAACAUAAACAUGUCAAGCAAUUAUAAGUCUGGCUUUUGCUUUGUUUUGGUGUUUCCAAUUAUCUCAUGGACUGCAUACUUUGCGCCUGAUGGUCAACAAAACUGAAUCGGGUUCUCCCUAAGCAAGUCAAAUCCAGCAGGUAAUUGAGUAAUCCAGUGAAGAAACUGUGCUGCCACUUGGCACCUUUUUUUUUGGUGAUAACGUAAGAAUGCACUAAAUGCUUCCAAUGAGCAGGAAUUGUAGUAACAUGAUUGUUCAUGUAAUCUUACAAUGUCUAUCAUUUUGGGCAAGUCUGGGAUGUAGCAAUACUAACUUAACUACUGUUCAUCACAGACUUUCAUCCUUCCCACCUGUGCACCCCUGAAGAAAAAUUGAAUGAGAUAAUUGACCCAAAUAUGCAAAGUGGUUAAAUCUUUAUGCCCCUUUCAGUGACUAAGUAAUGGUGUGUAUGUGAAAACUGCAACACAGAGGAGAAAAAUCCCUGAUUCAAUCCCUAGCCUGCACUGAGUUAGAUGGAGGUGCAACAAUGAGCCUAGAUAUCCCUUGGCUAGAAAAGAGCAUUACUUCAGUAAACUGUCUCCUCUUCCAUUGGUAAAAUCUUCCCAAGCUAUUCAUUUGCUCAUGGCACUCUCCUACCUCACACUGUAGUAACUAAAUUAAUUUCAGACUAUAGAUUGAUAUUACAAAAAGCAGAAAAGUGAUGAAUAAUUGAAAUUACAUUCAUAUUUGCAAACUUAAAAAUUCCAUGCAGAUUAAAAUUGAGCUGAUGAACUGUUUGCUUUUAAUGUAGGGAUGUUACAAAUAUUGCAUUCAUUGCUGCGUGUUUCUGUGAUUUUUGCCUUUUGGGAGAUCAACUAUGGUUGCACUGGUGGCUUUAUCUGACCAACUUUGCCAAAAUAACAGGCUUGGUUACUGCUUUGAUACUGUCAUAAAAUUUUAGGUGUGAAGAUGAGUGCUGUUUAGUUUUUUUUAAACUAUUCAUGGGAUUUGCAUUUGCCCUGUUUUAACUCUUGUAUAGAAAAUUAAAAAUAUUUUGUUGACUGAAUUGUCUGUGUUGAAAGAUUGGAAAUUGGAUUCGAGAUGGUGGAUGAGCUUUUUUUUCCCUGAGACCCAACAAGAGAAGAGGGGGUUUGAGUCACCUUUUCUUGUGCUUAAAGCUAUAUGUAUCUUGCCAUGUUUGUAAUUUGGGCUUCAGUGACCAUUGUAAACUGGAUACUCCUAUCUAGAAAUGUCUUCAAGCAUGUCAUUUUCUUCAGCUAAACUACUAGGCGACAUGUCUUGAGCACUGUAGGGCCUUGCCAAUCAAUAUCAUUUUAAUACUUUGUAAUUCACAAUUACCAGAAUAAAGACCUUGUGACUUUUUAAUUUUUAAUCUCUUGGUAGUUAAAGCUGAAAAUGUUUGAAUGAUUUAAUGAGUCCAUUUUUGUGGUGCCUGCCAGUCUCAGAAAUGUUUUAGAGA